AUGGCUGCUGCCAGUGAGCUGGCUGUGAAGGAGCCUGACUGGGACACCUUCUACAGCCUGGUCACAUCUGAUGAGGCCAAGCGGGAGGUUGGCAGCCUGCGCGCCCAGUUCAACGAGCUCAGGCAAAAGCUGAGCAAGCCCUCCACGGCCCCAAAGGAGAUCAACUGGGAUGAGUUCAAAGAGGUUGACGCUGCCAUCCUCGACACCUUCAAAAAGGCCUUUGCUGGCGUGAAGAUUCCCAAGUACGACGUGACAGAGGCGCUGAAGAAGGUGGAUGGCGAGUUUGAGCCGCUGUUGAAAAGCAGCGAGGAGCUGGAGGCCUACUCCAAGAAGCGUUACGAGGAAAUCCAGAAGGAGAUCUCCACCAUCGAUGAGGAGACGGAGAAGCUGAACUCGAGGACAGUGGACGAUGAGCUGGCAGCAGACCCAGAGCUGACUAAGGAAGUGGACGAGGAGAUUUCUAAGGGCAGCUACUACUAG